GUUAAAUUGAGAAGGAUGAGGAGGAGUGGGAUAAAGAAGGCAGGAAACACGUAGCAAGCCAAGCAGAGUGUGAUGAGGAGGAGGCGGCACAGCUGAGGACAGGACGCCACCAUGUUGGAGCUUGAGGUGUACCCAGAACAGUCCCUCAGCUCGGAAAAAUGGGAGUUUGUGCUGGGCAUGCACUUCAGUCAAGCUGUGGCCAUUGUGCAGCAUCAAGUUGGCACUAUACGUGGCGUUCAAGUCCUCUAUAGCGACACUACCUCCUUGGAAACUGACCUGAUUCUGAACCUGUCUCAAGAUGGCAUCCAGCUGUUCUUUGACCCCUUGUGCCAGCGUCUCAAGGUCAUCGAGGUGUACAACAUGAAGGCCGUCAAACUAAAGUAUUGCGGCAUCACGUUCAGCUCCCCAGAGGUCAUCCCAAGCAUUGAGCAAAUUGACCACUCCUUCGGGGCCACACAUCCCGGCGUCUAUGAUUGGGAAAGACAAAUUUUGGCUAUCAACUUCCCUGGGCUUUCCUUCUUCUUCUCAGUGGAUCAGAAGUACCAGCCCAGCCUCAACAAGGGGUUUAGCUCCCUCAUGUUCCCCAGCGGAGCCUCGCCAGUGGUCUCCAAGAUGCUCAUUUACAGUGGCAACAACCCCAGCGAUCCACGGGCGCCUCCACUGCCAGCGUCCUGCAUCCACAAUCUGAUCCACCUGGAGUCCUUGCUGGUGCUGCGGGACAUGGGCAAGACAAAGGAACUCAGACUGAACCUCUUCACUGACGAUGGCCGAGCGCGCCACCAUGACUCCCGGCAGACCUUCACACGCACCAUUCAGUUUGGGGCGUCUUGUCAGGAGGUGGCGAUGGCUCUGGGUGCUCCUUCCAGGGUCUUCUACAAGUCGGAGGACAAGAUGAAGAUCCACAACGCUCACGCCAGGAAAGCCACCACCCGCUCUGACUUCUUCUUCAAUUACUUCACUCUGGGACUGGAUGUGUUAUUUGACGCCAAGACACAGCGAGCCAAGAAGUUUGUCCUCCAUACUAACUUCCCCGGCCACUACAACUUCAACAUGUACCAUCGCUGUGAGUUUGAGCUGCCCCUGACAGUCCCCCGCCAGCCUGAGGACGGCACCCAGCUCAUCGACCUCCCCUCCACCAUCACGGUGCAGAGUGUGACCUUGUGGGACACGCUGGGGUCGCGCAUCAAGCCCCGAGGUCGCCCCGUGGUGCUGCAUCGCUCCUCCUCCACCAACACAUCCAAUCCCUUCGGCUCAACCUUCUGUUAUGCAUAUCAGGACAUCAUCUUCGAGGUGAUGGCAAACGGACACAUAGCCUCCGUCACGCUGUAUGAAAGUGAGGAGGCUGCAUAGUACUGGCUGUAGCCCUGUGAGGUGCCCCGCGUCAACUGUGUGGCCGCCCUGCCCUUCCUGCCUCCCCCAGCCACACCACUUGUUCAAACAUACUCACUCACUCACUCAUAUACACAGACACCUCUCAUACACACACAUACAUACACACACACUACCUGACUUACUGUAACGGUACAUUUAUGUAUAUGUACGUAUAUGUAAACACUCUUAAUCCAACCUCAGGAAAGUUGUUAAUAUUUCUUGAGAUGGCGCACGGCUGAGUGAGUUUUACAAUUUUUUACUCAUUUGAGGCAGAAAACAGGGCAAGGCUAGGAAGGCUGAGGCUGGUGACUGACUGGCUGACUGGCUGGCUGACUGGCUGGCUGGCUGAUGGGCUGUGUUAGGGCCCGCCACGCACAGAACAGCAGAACAGCACCACCACUCUCUUCUCAGUUUUGCGAUAGUGACGUGCUGGUGCCAGACUGUUCAGCACCUCCUUCUCUCCUUGAAGUGAGCCUCAGUGCCAGCAGGUGUCAAUGUGUGGCACUAAGCAGGAACAGUGCCAGAACAGUGUUGGGGCAGUGCUGUGGCUGUGUUUGGUGCAGUGAGCCAAAGGGACGGUCUGUGAGGUUAGUGUGAGGGAGAUUUACCACAUUUCCCUGGCUCACUGUGGCAACCUUGUGAGAGAUGGAGAGGUUGUGGUGAUGUGGUGUGGUGAUGCGGUGUCCAGGCAGACCAGAAGGCUGAGUGGAGGUGGUGUUGUGGUGGUGCAGUGUGGUGUUAAUCAAAGCUGGACUGAGGAGGACUUGAGAGCAUUGUUGUGGACCCCUGCCCCCUCUGUGUGUCACCCCCGCCCCUCCACUCAGCUGCACACGGCACUGACAGACACACGGACAGUGAAGGCAUGUGUUGGCUGUCAGGAAAAUGGUCGCAUGGCACAAGUUUUUAUCAUAAAUUAAAAAAAUAUACAUUA